AUGCCUUCGCGCUGCCGCUCCGACUCCAGCUACUGCAGGGUUCGCGCGUGGCCGAGCGGCCGCUUCGACGCGAAGAUCCGCUCCGGCGAGGAGCGGAUCCGAAUCGGAACCUUCGACAUCGCGCAUGAGGCGGCGCGAGCCUACGACGCCGUCGCGUGGCGCCUCGAGCUGUUCCCGCCGACACAUGAACUUCGACGACGUUUGGACGCGCGAGCAGCGGAGAUGCUCGCGCCGCCGUCGCCGAUCGUCACGACCGAGCAGCGGCGCCGCGCCCACGAGCUCGAGCAACGUCUGCGCGUGGCGGAGCAGGACGAGCGCGUGCGCCUCGAGUGGGCGCGCGCGUUCCCGGAGGACGUCGCUGCCAUAGAGGCAUUUUACGCGCAGAAGAAGGAGGCCAAGGCGAAGGCGGCCGCGAAGAAGAAGGCCGACCGCGACAGGCGCCGUGCUGAGUCGGCGGCGAGGAAGGCGGAGAGGGCGGAGAAGGUGGCGCGGAGGGCGAAGAGGGCGGAGGAGAAGAGAGGCGUCGGACCGUCGACGAACAUGCCGACCUCCUCCUCCGCCGGUGUCCGACACGACUCCGACUAG